ACACAAGCCUCUCUCCUCCACGUAUUCAUUUACUUUGGCAUCAGUCCAUGAAAACCAGCGAGGAAAAUCACACCUCUCAAACCCCAGAUUCCCAAACCGUUGACACGAUUCUCUCCCUGGUGGUGGCGAUGCAAGGCGUCCGCCGCUACGGCCACCUUGGAGACGGCGGCGGCGGAGUCCGCCUCGAGCUCACCCCAACCACCAUCUCCCCACUCGCGAUCGACGUCGCCGAGUCCACCGAGAUGCGCAUCCAGCGCCUCAUCUCCGAGAAUCCGGUCGUCAUCUUCAGCCGAUCCUCCUGCUGCAUGUGCCACGUCAUGCGCCGCCUCCUCUCCGCCAUCGGCGUCCACCCCACCGUCAUCGAAUUGGAGGAAGAAGAGAUCGCCGCCUUCAGCCCCCGCGCCGACGAGGACUCCUCCCCCGUCCUCGGCGGCGCGUCUGGUGCGCCGGCGCUUUACAUAGGCGGCGCGUGCAUCGGUGGGCUGGAGAGCCUUAUGGAGCUGCACUUGAGUAACAAUCUCGUGCCUAAGCUUGUUGAAGUUGGUGCUCUGAAAAAUGAAUUUCUAAUUAGCUGAUUUUUUUUUUUUUAAUUAUUAUUUUGUGAUUAUUGAUGCUACUACUAGUAUUAUUAUCAUGAUUUAUUAGUCAUUAAAAAAAAAGACUAAAAAUAUAUUUCUAAGUAGUUUUCUCAAUUAUUCUUCUAAUUAUUAUUAUCGCUGUAAGAUUGUGAAUUAGUGUUUUCCCAGAUUGGUAUUUGCAAUUAGACAGAAGUUUUUAAGUUAAAUUAUGAUUUAUGAUUUACCUAUAUUAAAUAUUGGAAUUAAUGAAAAUUUGUAAGAUUAGUGUGACGAAAUGAUGUACUCUCUUUCUUUAAUAAUAAGAAUUUUAUUGCAAAU